AUGCCCAAAGCUAAUAAAUCAUCGAAAGGACACAAGGGAGGAAAGGUCUAUGCUACCCCAACAGCUCAAAAAAAGAGAGGAUUAGAUAUACCGAAGUUGCAUUCUUUAGCAAACAAGCAAAAAGCAAAGAUCGGUGUCAGUACAGCUGCGCAUCCUACUCCGCAAUCACUUGCAACUCUAUCGGCAGCAGAUCAAUAUGGUUCAUCGGCUACAGGUGAAGGUCUAGGUGGAAUAUCAUUCUAUGAACCUAUAGACGCAUCACUCACGACGAAAGAUUCAUCUUCUAAAGCUUUCAUGAGAGAAUUAAGGAAAGUGAUAGAAAGAAGUGAUGUCAUUAUCCAAGUUCUAGAUGCUAGAGAUCCAGAUGGAACAAGAAGUAGAUGGGUAGAAGAAGAAGUUAGGAAAAGAGAUGUCCAGGGGAAAAAGUUAUUGGCUGUCGUGAAUAAAAUUGACCUCGUUCCUCGAGCAAAUCUCGAAGUAUGGCUAAAACACCUUCGUCAUUCUUUCGCUACUAUGCCAUUCAAAUCAUCAACUCAAAAUCAACGUCAACAUCUUUCACAAGUCGCUGUACCUUUAUCUCAACCAACAUCUACCCCAGGACAACAAGUCAACUUACCUGCUUUACCCACUACAUCAUCAUCACUUGGAGCUCCUGCUCUCUUACAUCUACUUAAACAGUAUGCUCUUUCCACACCGCAUUCAUCUCUCACAGUCGGUGUCGUUGGUUAUCCGAAUGUAGGAAAAUCUUCUCUUAUCAAUUCGCUUAAGAGAUCAAGAGCAUGUGCAGUAGCUUCCAUGCCAGGUAAAACUCGUGUGGUACAAGAAGUGGUUCUGGAUAAAGGAGUCAAAAUCCUCGAUUGUCCAGGUGUAGUCUUGGAGGAUGUCGGAAGGGAAAUGGAUGGUGAAGCAGGAAAGAGAAAACAAGCUGAAAUAAUGUUGAGAAAUUGCAUCAAAGCGGAAUUAGUCGAAGAUCCUAUAUCGCCAGUCGAAGUCAUUUUGACAAAAGUAGAUCCAUCACAAUUGCAGAAAUUAUACAAUAUUCCACCUUAUGACGAUGUGAAGGAUUUCUUAAUCAAGAUGGCUUUGACAAGAGGAAGAUUAGGGAAAGGUGGUAUACCAGAUUUGGAAGGAUCAGCAGUUCAAGUUUUAAGAGAUUGGAAUUCAGGCAAAAUCUUAUAUCAUACUGUACCACCUGCGAUCCACCCUUCAUCCGCUCCAACACAAAAACCCUCUGCUACUUCCACGGUGUUACCGACAGGAGAAGAUGAUGUACAGAUGGAUGGCGAUAAAGUCGGAGAUGCGAAAAUUCUCAAUACGCUUAGUGAGGCGUUCACCAUAGAUGGACUAUUCGAUACAAUCGGCGAUGAAGCUGCUUGGGAAGGAGGAGAACCAGUCGUAGUAGAGACAAUAGCUGAAGAUGUUGAGCUCGUCGAGCCUACAUCCCACGUCGAAUCAAGUGUACCAGCUCAGAUAGCUCCUACAUCGUUCUUCCCAGACUCCGACGACGAUACUGAUGCUGAAUCAUCUACAUUUCGUCCUUCACUUCCUACGGUCCCAAUCGCCUCUUCUUCAACCUCAACACUACCUCAAUCUCUCAUAGCUCGUCAACCUGGUGUUAACCCCACAAAGCUAUUCUCUCAAGAAGAGUUAGCAGUUCUUCCAGCUGGUAUGCUUGAUCGCGGUAAAUCAAAAGCUGCCUUGAAGAAAGCGAAGAAAAGACGAGUAGCAGCUGAACGAACAGAAGGCGAAUUGAUGUUAGGAUUUAUGGAUAUGGACGUAGAAGAACCCAUGGCUGAAUUAGAGGAAAUACCAGAUAUAGAUGCAAAUGGACGAAGUGGAUUAUUGAGGAAGAGUAAGAAGGAGAAGAGAAAAGAGAAAAAGAAUAAAGAGGUUGAACAGAGAAGAGCUCAAAGAGGAACAGGUAUGGAAAUGGACGAAGAAAUGGACGAAGAAGAUAAGAAAGUCGAUGAAUUCGCUAAUUUCUUAGCUAAUAUGGGUGCGGAUGACUCUGAUGAGGAAUUGUAA